UCAUCAAACUAUACCUCUUCGAUAUGCAGAGAGCUACAAAAUGGGGACGAGGACAAAUUUCUACAAGAACCCUUCCAUUGCUUACAAGAAGGACCUCAGUCUCUCCUCCGUUCUUCAGAACCUGAAAGCUUACAACAUCGCCACUGGAAAUGCUUCUCCGAUUGAAGAACGGCAACCAGCUGCUGAUGGCAAAACGGCAUGUCGUAAACGCCAGCGUAAUCCGGAACUGCCACCGCCGCCUCGUCGUCAGACUCAGAACCGUGAAAUCGAAGGGAACGAUGGGCCUAUGUCUCACCAGGAUUACAUAGAUAAAAGAAGAAAAGAAGUUAGUGCAUCGCAGGCGUAUGAGGAAUUGACUGCUGAUGUUUUGGGAAAGCCGGGAACUUCGUGCCUAAAGUUGGUACAAUAUGACAGUGACGACAGUACUUCGGAAUGUGAGUUGAAGCAGGAUUCUCCAAGUUCUGGUCACAUAAAUGAAUCUGAUCGAGUAAAGAGCAGAAGUGAACAGCGUUUCCCUCAUCCAGGAGAACCUGUUUGUGUCAUAUGUGGUAAAUAUGGAGAAUAUAUAUGCGACAAGACCAAUGACGACAUCUGCAGCAUGGAGUGCAAAGCUGAUCUAUUGGAAGCUCUUAAAGUUGUGAAGGAGCCCUCGAGCAAUCAAAGACAAGAUGUCUCCUCAUAUGGAUCCAAAUUUACCUUACCAAUGCAUGAUUUUGGUGAGGACACUUGGGAUUAUGAGCGGCAUCGCUGGUCCAAGAAGAUUUCUAGUCUUUCUACUUAUGAAUGUUGGAAAUGUAGAAGGCCUGGACACCUUGCUGAAGAUUGUUUGGUGAUGACAAGUAACCAGGUGACGUUGGGCCAAGGCAAACCCAAUUCAAUACCUGCUGACCUUCUUGCAUUGUACAGAAGAUGCCACCAGAUAGGCAAAAACAUGUCAGCUGCAAAGUGCAAUGAAUGCUAUAGCUCACUAAAUUUAGCCACAUGCCUUCAUUGUAGCAUUCCGCUCUGUGACAAUGCAGGUCAUUUGAAUGAGCAUAUACAGGCAAAUCCAUCUCAUCGACAAUAUUAUUCUCAUAAGCUCUCUCGUCUGGUGAAAUGCUGUAAAUCAACAUGCAAAGUGACUGACAUCAAGGAUCUUUUGACAUGCCAUUACUGUUUCGAUAAAGCGUUUGAUAAGUUCUAUGACAUGUAUACUGCAACUUGGAAAGGCACAGGGCUUUCAAUCAUAUCGGGUUCUAUUUGCUGCGAAGAUCACUUUGCUUGGCAUAGGAUGAACUGUAUGAAUGCUAAUGUGGAAGAAAGUGCAUAUAUCAUCAGUAAGAGUUCCCAGAAAGACAAGCGUGUUCAGCUCAGUGACUUCAUUUUCUAAAGGGGUCACGAGAAAGACCAUACUUUGGUUGAUCAUAGACUCAUAGUGGUGCCUCUUUGUAUACUCCUAGUAAUUCCUGUAAAAAUUAAAUUGGAGGUGCAUAGCAGGAAGGGCUGCUGUAUAGAGAAAGUUAACAUCGUAAUGGGUUUUCGGUAAAUUAGAACGGUGCAGUCAGUACAUCUAUGAGACAGCAAACAUGACCGAAAGGACGACAAAACCGAGUCGGAACAGAAGCAUGCACGUUGUACACUGUUUAUUCUUGAACUUAUUCUUUUUUUUUGGGUAAUGUAAUUUGAUGAAAACGUACAAAUGUAAAGGUUAUACAUCUCAACAAUAGUAUAGACGUUAAUUUAUAUUGUACAAUUAUAAGGUUGGGGGCAAGAUCGUCAAUGUAAAUUAUAAAAAAUUAAAGAAUUUAUGG